UGCCGGGGUCAACGGUCCCUUCUGGCCCGAGAGUCCGGCCGAGAGCGGUGGCGGCGUCCGCGGAAGGACUUCGUGGGAGGAGAAUGGCUUCAAUAAGAAAAACCAGCCGUACUGUGCGUGAUGUCUUUGGUGACUUCAGUGAUAUUUCCUUAGAAGAUUCAAAGAUGGAAGAAAUCCAGAACUUGGAAAUCAGUAGAAGUCUUACCAAAAUCGCACCCGGUCCAAGCAGAUUUCUAAAAAGAAACCAGACUAUGGAUGGAAAACACUUAUUCCCGAAAGAGAAUGCUCUCCUGGGGAGUGGGCCCUGGCUCUCUUCAGGUAGAGCUUCGACCACUGCCUCGAAGGUCAGGGCCAACGCUGCGCUCACAAAGCUGGCCCAGAUAGAAACCAAGAUCAGGAACCGGAAGGUGCAGAUGGAUUUGUCUGACGUGGAAUCUGACCUGAAGACCUCUGAGGACUGGCUUCCUAGCAGAGCAGACGAAAAUCCCCCUAGAAGGACGGUUGACCUUUCUUCACAGAACACAGACAAAACCUCCCAGAAACAGGCCCUUGAAAUUCCUGUCCCUGAGAGUGACAUGCCGAGUGGGAAGGUCAGUAGGUUUCUAAAGAAGAGAGAAGCACCUGUGGAAAAGAUAUCCCCUGAAGCACAUGUUGGGAAAGAGAGGGAUCUUCAAACACCCAAAGAGAAAAAACCUCCUAGAAGACUGGAUUCUCCAGACAGUGAUGAAGAGGAAGUGAAAGAGUUGCUGGGAAGCUUGAUGGAAUCUUCUAGCGAAAAACAAGUAUCCACAAAUCAGGGUUUCACCAGCACCAAAGUCAGUGAGAAAGAACAAACAAAACUAGUCUCGGAUCAGAUCCCAAAUCAACUGAGAGUCCUUUCGCUGCCCAGGAAGGAUCUUUCCAGCUCAAAGCCAUUUCUGACAUCACGUCUGCCAACCUCACGGUCAGCAGAUGGGACCCUUCGCAGUGCUGGCUCGAGAACUCGCUCCCCACAGAUUCCCAUUUCAGAGGACACAGCCUCCCACACGGCGUCACUUUCCAUCCCCAGCGCCUUUCCGAAGUCCGUGCCCUCGACAGUGGGGGAUGGCAAGCUCUCGUCCUCCCUGAGAAGGAGUGAGGCUGGGCCUCAGGAUGAGUCUCCCUCAGAAGCCACCGAUGAAAGUCUAAAUGAUUUGAGAAUAAACAUUUUAUCCCUUGAUGAUCUGGCUCCAGCUGUCAGUGAGAAAUCAGACUUGGAACAGAAAAAAGGUCAGGGGGAAAAGGCAUCCAGCAAAAGCCCCUGGGCUGGGGCCCCCCCCUCUGGAAGCAAGAUUUCUGAGUGCCUGAGCCAGCGGUCCGUCUUGUCCCCUGGACCCAAGGGCACUUCUAGACUGGGGUCAAAGUCUCAGGAACCUAUGGCCAGCACAGUGAGCUCGGCUUAUUCGGAUGAUUUUGAAAAAUCCCCCAGUCCAACAGCAUCUGAGUCGAUGCCCCAUUCUGAGGAGUCUCCUGACAGGACGCUGGUGACUUGGUCUGAAUUUUCUGCAAGCCUGAAGACAGACCUUCCUCCACCAACUCCCAAGUCUCGGAAAAAGUGGGCCAGGGGUGUUACAAGAGUCAUGGUGAAGGAGAUGGCUGUGCAGACCCUCGAUCCCGCCUUCACCUACCAGUGGGCUAAGGCGGCCGGCGUAGCGGCCAUCGGACCAGCCCUGGGAGGUGCCUAUGUGGACCCCUCGCCCAUCGCCAGCCACGUCAUCAGUGCGGACGCCAUAGAAGCCCUGACAGCGUACAGCCCGGCCGUGUUCGCGCUCAACGAUGUGCUGAAGCAGCAACUGAGCCUGACACAGCAGUUCAUCGAGGCCAGCCGGCACCUGCAUGCAUCCCUCCUGCGCUCCCUGGACCGGGACUCAUUCCAUUACCACACCCUGGAGGAAACCAAAGAGUACAUCAGGCAACACAGGCCCACCCCGCUGACCAUGGAGGAGGCCCUGGAGGAGGUGAAGAAGGAGCUGUGAACGCCGGGAGAUAAGGGGGUUCCCUAAGACGGCGGCCACUGCCUCACACUCGGCGGCACAGCCAGGCCACACUGGACCCGUAAAACGGUUAGAAAAUAGAGAGCGCAGCCACUGCCUCAGGCUUUACAACGUGACUGCAGAGGUAACAGCGAGGUGUGAGAUGAGGUGCCACUGUGAGGUGCCACUGUCAACUGUGCUAGUGCUCGGGGGCCCCGAGGUGCUGCCUUGGCGCGGGCCACCGCCAGCGCGUCUUCUAACAACACGUUUCAACAUUCACAGCAAAGCAUCAGAGGGUUCCAGCGCUACCAGAGGUCAUUCUGACAGUUAAGACAGAAAUCUUACGGCGGGGUGGGGCUCCUGGACCGCGACCGACGUCUCCUUCCCGGGGAAUAGGACUUGGACCGAGAGCGAGAGCGGGUCCGGGAGCGGCUUUGUGAGGAGCGUGAUCGGCUGCGGCUCCUGCGGGGCCAGGGGAGAGGAGGCGGGUCAGCGCAGCUGCGGAGGAGCCUCAGGCCUUGCAUCCCGAGAGGCGGGGCCCUGCCUACCUGGAUCUGGAGCGGGAGUAGGAACGGGAGCAGGAACGAGACCUUGACCUUGAAUAGGAGCCGGAAGACUUGGAGGACCUCGAGUUGGAGCGGGAGGAGGAGCGCCCUCGGCUUUUGGAUCUGCUCCGAGACCUCGAGGGUCCGCUGCGGGGACAGGCCUGGUGAGCCGGAGCCCCUCCAUGGACUGCGCCCAGCCCGCCCCAACCCCCAACUCUAAAAGACCCCCCAUGUGCCCAGUCCAGGUGCAGACACGCCCUUUCACAUCAGGGUUGAAUACAGACAAUGGCAAGCU